GCCAUAGACGCAAUUGCUUUGCAUCCCAUGGAAUCCGCGUCCCAAGAUUCCAACUAAGCCAGAUCUUUCGAAAUUUUGAUUCUUUUAACUGCUGUUCAUCAACAUCGUAUCAUAACUUCCUUCUCUAUAUAGCCUCUUCAUCCUGUCUGUCUUUCUCUAUAUCUGCCAGUUUUUGCAUUGGGGGUCUCCGUGGCCUACUUUGGUGUCCCAGGUUGUGGGUUUUGAAAGAGUACUUUGAUUGGAUUUUUCUGGUAUACCUUCCUUGGUUACUCUAUCAACUGAGAGGGUUAUAUAUAAGGGGUUGAAAAUGUAUUUGGUAGAGAGCAAAGGAGGUGCCAUUUUAUGUAUGCUGCUUGCCUUGUUAUUCUUGGGCACAUGGCCUGCUGUCAUGACUCUCCUAGAAAGGCGGGGCCGUCUUCCUCAACAUACUUACCUUGACUAUUCGAUCACAAAUCUCUUGGCUGCUGUCAUUAUUGCCUUAACUUUUGGGGAGAUAGGCAGUAAAGUGCCCAAUUUUUUUACUCAACUUGCUCAGGAUAAUUGGCCCUCUGUUUUGUUUGCCAUGGCUGGUGGAGUGGUGCUCAGCAUUGGUAAUCUAUCUACACAGUAUGCUUGGGCUUUUGUUGGUUUGUCAGUGACAGAAGUGCUCACUUCAAGCAUAACUGUUGUUAUAGGCACAACCAUGAACUACUUUUUGGAUGACAAAAUCAACAAAGCUGAGAUUCUUUUCCCUGGGGUUGGUUGCUUCUUGAUUGCUGUUUGUCUUGCCUCUGCUGUUCACACAUCCAAUGCAGCUGAUAAUAAAGAAAAGCUCAACAGUUUGUCAAGUGAUAUAGCAGGAACGGAGGCUAUGGGUGUUUCCAAGUUUAAAGAAACAACUACAAAAGAUGUUGGAGCGACGGAUCUUGAAAAUGUAAGUGGUUCUGUAGAGAAGGCCAAAUUUGGGACUGCAGGUUUCCUCAUAGAACUUGAAAACAGAAGAGCAAUUAAGGUUUUUGGGAAGAACACUUUCAUUGGUUUGGCCAUAAGUUUCUUUGCUGGUCUCUGCUUCUCUCUUUUCUCUCCAGCAUUCAAUUUGGCAACAAAUGAUCAAUGGCACACCUUAAAGGAAGGGGUUCCUCGCUUGUCUGUCUAUACUGCAUUUUUCUACUUCUCAGUCUCUUGUUUUGUCAUCGCCAUCAUUCUAAACAUCACCUUCCUUUACUACCCUGUACUAAAUUUACCCAGAUCAUCUCUCAGGGCUUACCUGAGAGACUGGGAUGGCCGAGGCUGGGCCCUUUUGGCCGGGAUCUUGUGUGGGUUUGGGAAUGGUCUUCAAUUUAUGGGAGGUCAAGCUGCAGGAUAUGCAGCAGCAGAUGCUGUUCAGGCUCUUCCACUUGUGAGCACCUUCUGGGGCAUAGUUCUCUUUGGAGAGUAUCGGAGAUCAUCUAGAAGAACAUAUGCAUUGCUCAUCAGCAUGUUGUUUAUGUUUAUUGUAGCUGUUGCAGUUCUUAUGGCAUCAUCAGGGCACCGAAAAUAAGUAUGCAGCUGAAAAGGUUCUGGAAAUUGCACAAAGCAUAAAUGAUAUAUACAUAUAAAAAAAAAAGAUAAUAAAAUUGUCAAGGACAGGCAUACACACACUGCUGCUUUGUUGAUUGGUUGAGAUGCAAAUAGGCAUGUCAAGAGUAAAGGCCAUUCCUCAUAUUCGAGUGCAGAAUUGUAAUUAGUCACUGGUAAAAGAGGGGUGGGGGGGAUAAUAAGAUAAACCAAAAUAUAAAUUAAAUUCUUAAAUGGAUCUCUGUCAGCAUGCAGUGGUUGAUAUAGGUACUGCCAAUGAAUGUAUUUGGAAUCUUUACUUC